UGAAUGGCUUAGAGUGGCAGAAGUCUGAAAUAACUGCAAAUGGACAACAGAUGGUUGCUGCACAGAUGCUUUUGACAACCUACAUGUGAUGGAGGGGCUUUCCUUGAGAACUAGAUGUCUCAGCACUGACAUCAAAAUUUAUCAAUAAAAGUGUGUGAAGGGAAUGCUUAACAUUUCAAGCAAGAUGUCAACUCAGAGGCAACUUUCCCUUCUAAAUGAAGGAGGUUUGGAUCUUCACACUGGACAGAGUUCUGCAUAUUCUUCCAAGCCUUCAGAUGGUCAGUGGAUGGAGGAAAACCAAAUAUUUGAGGAGGAACAAGAAGCCAGUGCCACAACACAAAGUGAGGACAAGGAUGUAAAUGUGAAGGUGUUGCAAAGUAAGAAUUCUAAUGGAAACAAAAGAGUUCAUGAUUGCCCCGUGUGCCAUAAACAAUUUGGUGCUCCAUCCAAACUAAAAAGGCAUUGUCUUAUUCACACGGAUCAGAGGCCAUUUCAGUGUUCUAUAUGCUGCCGUGCAUUCAGAGAACGCUCUCAUCUAAAAGUACACGUCAGAACUCAUACAAACCCUGUGAAGCAGAGAACACCAUCAUUCCAGAGCUAUAAGGACAACAAAGUGUCCUGUAGUCAAACAUCUAAGUCAAGGUUAAAACCUUUUCCAAAAAACCGAACUGCCCAGAACGUUACCAGUUCAACAUAUAAACAAAAGACAGCAGCAACAGACUUAAUCGAAUCUAAUUCAGGUACCGUGGGUGUUAAAAUUACAAAAGGACAUUGGUGCCCUUUAUGUUUAAAAUGCUUUAAAGCCCCAUCAAAGCUCAAACGUCACAUUCUGAUUCAUACUGGGGAAAGACCUUUUAAAUGCUCUGUGUGCCCCAAAGCUUUCCGAGAGAAAUCACACUUGAAAGUUCACAAGUGUAAGGAAGAAUUUAGACUGGAAUGCAACUCCAUUUUGAGUGAUCGGCAAGUGAAAGAGAACAAGAUCAAGCAGAAUGCUGACGAAGGUGUUGUGUCACCAGAUGUAGUCACCCCUGCCGGAAAAAGGAUAUUUCCAGUAUCCAAGUCUUCUGAUCGCAUGUGUAUGCUUCAACUGAAAAAGAAAAGUGGAUAUCAGUGUGAAAUAUGCUUGAAGAAAUUCAGUUUUCCCUCAAAACUAACUCGACACCUGUUUGUUCAUUUUGACGUCAAGCCUUACACUUGCACAAUCUGCAGAAAGUCAUUCAAACAGGCCUAUUAUCUCCAGAAACACCUCAAGGUACAUACAGGAAAAAGAAACAAUAAAUCUAGGUUGAGUAGAGUCCCGCAGAAGCACGAGGCCAAACCUCCAACACCUGGAGCUAUAGAAGGAAAAAAUAACUGCAGACCGGUUGGUGGUAAUGUGUGUUUACCUCAGAUAUUAGACUCUUUAGAGACCAAAAAGCAUAAAAAACUUGAAUGCCGAAGCAAGCUCAACCAAAAUGUCCCAUUGACCGAGUCAAAUUCAAGUACCAUAGAGAUUAAAAGCUCUGAUGCUUUGAACAAUACUCAAAUGCAGAUCACAACCUCCAGCCCAAGUUACCUUAAGCACAAACAGAAAGGUGUGAAUCAGUGCAGCAUCUGUCUAAAGAACUUUCCGUAUCCUUCUAAGCUCACCAGACAUAUUUUGAGCCACACAGAUAGCAGACCAUUUAAGUGCCAAGUGUGCUUGAAAUCAUUUCGAUAUCAGGGCCAUUUGCAGCUUCACGUGAGGAUCCACAAAAAAAAGGGUUGGAAUAUAAUUGCUGGUCAUUUGGAACAUGAUCAUACAGUUUCUUUUAGUAAUGCUGAAAAAUCUAAAGACCAAGAUGUGCAAAUAUCCAAACAAGAUGGAGCUGAAGACUCUGCUACAGCUCACCAAGGUCAAAAUAUGGUUAUAGAGUCUCAAAAAAUGAGUGGUGACUCCAGUGAUUCCAUUGUAUAUUUGCAAGAUUCCCUUCUAAAUGAAGGUUUGGAUCUCCACACUGGACAGAGUUCUGCAUAUUUUUCCAAACCUUCAGAAGGCCAGUGGAUAGAGGAAAACCAAGAAACUGAGGAGGAACAAGAAGCCAGUGUCACAACACAAAGUGAGGACAAGGAUGUAAAUGCAAAGGUGUUGCAAAGAAAGAAUUCUAAUGGAAACAAAAGAGUUUAUGAUUGCCCCGUGUGCCAUAAACGAUUUGGUGCUCCAUCCAAACUAAAAAGGCAUUGUCUUAUUCACAGGAAUCAGAGGCCAUUUCAGUCUUCCAUAUGCUGUUGUGCCUUCAGAGAACGCUCUCAUCUAAAAGUACACGUCAGAACUCACAAUGUCCCUGUGAAGCAGAGAACACCAUCACUCCAGAGCUACAGAGACAACGGUGUGUCCUGUAAUCAAGCAUCUAUGUCAGGGUUAAAUCCCUCUCCAAAACAACCAACUGCCCAAGAUGAUACCAAGUCAACAGAUAAAGAAAAGUCAACAGUGCACCAAGAUCAAAAUAUGGUUGCAGAGAAUAUGGCAUCUCAAAAAAUGAGUGGUCACUGCAGUGUUCCAGAUGUAUAUUUGCAAGAUUCUCUUCUAAAUGAAGGAGGUUUGGAUCUUUACACUGGACGGAGUUCUGCAUAUUCUUCCAAACUUUCAGAAAGCCAGUGGAUGGAGGAAAACCAAGGAACUGAGGAGGAACAAGAAGCCAGUGUCACAACAAAAAGUGAGGACAAGGAUGUAAAUGUGAAGGUGUUGCAAAGAAAGAAUUCUAAUGGACAAAAAAGAGUUUAUGAUUGCCCUGUGUGCCGUAAACGAUUUGGUGCUCCAUCCAAACUAAAAAGGCAUUGUCUUAUUCACACAAAUCAGAGACCAUUUCAGUGUUCUAUAUGCUGCAGUGCCUUCAGAGAACGCUCUCAUCUAAAAGCACACGUCAGAACUCACAAUGUCCCUGUGAAGCAGAGAACACCAUCACUCCAGAGCUACAGAGACAACAGACUGUCCUUUAAUGGAGCAUCUAAGUCAAGGUUAAAACCAUUUCCAAAACAUCUAACUGCUCAAAACAAUGUCAGUUCAACAGAAAAACAAAAGUCAACCGUGCACCAAGAUCAAAAUAUUGUUACACAUGAUAUGCCAUCUCAAAAAAUAAGUGGUGACUGCAAUGAUUCAGAUUUAUAUUUCUCAAAAAGUACUAGUCCCUUAGAGAAGUCAGAGGUUGUUUUCCAGUGCAACAACAAAUCAGUUUGGGGUAUGACCGAUAAAACUGACAUCUUGCUUGAUGGGAAAAAGGCAUCUGACGUGCCUUUUGGCAGGAUGAGUGACUGUCCACCCAAAACUGACUCAUCUCUCCAUCACUGUGCUUCUGAAUCAAGAAUUGAAGAAAAAUGGGCACAUCACAUGGAUGAUAUUAAAGAUUGUGUCUUUGUGGACUCGGACACUGUUAAAUGUGUCCCUGAUUCUUACGAGCCCAGUUCUUGCCUGUAUCAACAGAAACCUGAUGUGCCCGGACUCAGAGAAAUUGUUGUUGUGGGCCUUUUGGACUUUCAAGAUCCAGGUGAAUGCUUUACCAAACCUCCACAUGACCUUCCCGUUUGUCCUGACUGUAGUCAGUGUUUCCCUACGAUAAGGAGCUUAUAUGCUCAUAAAUGUGCAAACAGAUAUUCUGAAGGGAAAAUAAAGAAAUCCCACCAGUGUGACAUUUGCUUAAAAUUCUUCAGUGCACCAUCCAAAUUGAAGAGACAUUGUGUUACUCACACUGGUCAGAGGCCGUUCCAGUGCACACAGUGUCAGAAGUCCUUCACGCAGUCCCAUCAUCUGAAAACACACAUGCUGUCCCACAGGUAGAAGGGUUACUCUAGGGUUGCCCAAAGAUAUGACCAAACCAAAAGGGUUUUCACUGUAAAUUAGUUGUGUUCGAUGUAGUUUUUUGCUAAACAGAAACAGAAUUU